AUGCUUUCCAUCAGAUCCGUCGCGCGCUCUGCGCCCAGAGCUUUCACCCGCCUUUCCCUCAGACAGACUGCGCGCCCUAGUGCCUUUAUCAAGGCCUCCUCAUGGAGCGCUGCCGUUCAGACUCAGCGCGCAUCAGCCUUCUCCAGCUCUGCCUUCAGGAAAUCUGCCGCCGGCGAGACCGAUGCUGAGCUCGUCGCCAAGCUCGAGAGCGAGCUUCAGUUCGAGGAGGAGGUGAAGCAGAACGAGCAGCUGCCCGCGAGCGUCAAGGACUUCAUCGACAACAGCCCCUUUGAGCUCCACGACACUCCUGGCAAGGAGGAGGUCAAGCUCACCCGCAAGUUUGGCGAGGAGAAGAUCACAAUCACUUUCUCCAUUGCUGACCUCGCCAACUACGACCCCGAGAUGUACGACCAGGACCGCGCCCUCGAGGACGAGGAAUUCGAGUCCGACGUCCAGAACCCCAACAAGCAGUCCGGCGUCCAGUCAUCCGGCGGCGCCCGCUCCGCCAACGCCGAGGAGCACCUCGAGGAGGAGGAGGGCGACCUCGACGAGGCCGCUCCCCCUUGCCGCCUGAGCAUCGUCGUCGAGAAGCCCGGCAAGACCCCCGGCGCCCUCAACAUUGACGCCACCGCUCAGGACGGCGCCAUCGUGGUCGACAAUAUGUUCUACUACGAGGACGGCAAGCUCGCUCACGCCUCCAACGCCGAGGUCGCCCACGCCCGCAGCGACAUCUACCCCGGCCCCCCCUUCGGCAGCCUGGACGAGGACCUGCAGAUCCUGAUGGAGCGCUACCUCGAGGAGCGCGGCAUCACCCAGGCCCUGGCCGUCUUCGCGCCCGACUACAUUGACGUCAAGGAGCAGCGCGAGUACGUCCGGUGGUUGAACAACGUCAAGGGCUUCGUCAACGCCUAA